GCAUAUGCAUAAAUUGUAACAAAUUAUUAUUGUGAAUUAGAAAGCAUUUUAGUAUGAAAUUGAACCGCUGUUGUAUCUAUCUAUCCCCGUACAUUUGUGUAUAGAAUAUGAUCAGUCGGCAUGGUAGUAUAAUACGAAAACCGCUUAGAGAGAGUGCUGUUAAAAAACGAUUGUUCUAAACACAUUUUGUAGUUUUUUUUGUGGUAAAUAAACUAAAAAUGGCUGAUGAAGUGCAUGAAAAUGGAACAAAUGGUACUGAAGUGCCGGAAAUUGAACUUAUUAUAAAGGCAUCCACAAUCGAUGGCAGACGAAAAGGUGCAUGUCUAUUUUGUCAAGAAUAUUUUAUGGAUUUAUACUUAUUGGCCGAAUUAAAAACAAUUAGUCUAAAAGUAACGACGGUUGAUAUGCAAAAACCACCACCAGAUUUUCGAACUAAUUUCGAGGCGACACCACCGCCAAUUUUAAUUGACAAUGGUUUGGCUGUAUUAGAAAAUGAAAAAAUUGAAAGGCAUAUUAUGAAAAAUGUACCAGGUGGACACAAUUUAUUUGUACAGGAUAAAGAAGUUGCAACCCUAAUUGAAAAUUUAUACAGCAAAUUAAAAUUGGUAUUGGUGAAAAAAGAUGAAGCAAAGAGUGCACAAUUAUUAGCACAUUUACGAAAAAUAAAUGAUCAUUUAGAGAAACGUGGUACACGCUUUUUAACUGGUGAUACAAUGUGUUGUUUUGAUUGUGAACUAAUGCCACGUUUACAACAUAUACGUGUAGCUGGUAAAUAUUUUGUUGAUUUUACAAUACCAACAGAAUUAACCGCUUUAUGGCGUUACAUGUAUCACAUGUAUCGAUUAGAUGCAUUCACACAAAGUUGUCCUGCCGAUCAGGACAUUAUCAAUCAUUAUAAAUUACAACAAAUGUUAAAAAUGAAGAAACAUGAAGAAUUGGAAAUGCCAACAUUUACAACAUCUAUUCCGAUUGAUGUUAAAGAAUGAAAAUUGUCUUUUUCCUUUCCUUUGUUUUUUUUUAUUAGUUUAAAAUAAUAAUCGAUUUUCUUUAUCAUUAUUAUAUUUUUUUUCUCUUUGUUUCUCUUACAUUGAACUGUUCAUUUCACAUAGAAUCUGUCUCAUACACUUUUCAAUUGAAAAUUCAAGAUAAUAUAUUUAUUCAGUUUUUCUUUGUUUCUUUUCGAUGUGUCAUUACAUAGUUUUCGUGUUUUCUUUUGUUGGACAAUGAAUUUAUUUAUAUUUUGAUUGUAAAUUAUCGAAAAUUGACUAAGAAAUAUUUGUAAUCGAUGCUAGAUGGAUAUAUUUUGAAAAUUGCAUAAUCGCUUUAGUUGUAUCAAAAUUAUUCCUGUGCUUAAAUGAUUUCGCCGAAAAUGGAUUAAUAAUGGGAAGUAUUUUAGUUUUUUUUCGAGUAAUUCCUUUUGAUCAUACACAGUUGGCAUAGUUUUCUUCCAUCCCACUACAUGGCGCUGCAAGCAAUUCAUGGGAUUUUGUAAAAGCCCCACUGUUUUUAUUCCCUUGAUUAAAGAAAGGCGAGAGUACAACAUUAAGGAUUUCGGUACAAUGAGAUUUAAGUGUUUGUUGGUGCCAUUUCUCGUUAUCUCCUUUUAAUUGGGGCUCCUCCGCUCACAGUUCCACUUGUUUCUUUCUUUAGUAUAUUUGUUUUAGUAGUGUCGUUAAAAUCAAGAAAGAGUUUUAUUUUUUCAUUCUCAUACAUUUGGAUUGAGUAAUGUAAAUUUAUGGAAAUUUACAUUUAUUCUUACGGCUGGAUUAUAUCGCACGAAUUAGUGGACUAAACAGAGAAGAUAUAUACUUUAUGAUAGUGUGAAGGAGGUAAAGGAUGAGACGAGAUUUACUGACUGUGUGGUGUUUGCAGUAUUAUACAAGAGUGGUCUGGUCAUCGUAAUAUUUUUAAGGUGGUAUACGCUGGACGAAUGUUCACCUUAAGUUACACGAAUAUAAAACGAUUUUCCUCUAUACACCAUGUGCUUUUUAUGUAUCUCAUGUAGAAAAAUAUAAAAUACUUCUUUAAUUUUGGAAUGAAAUUAUAAAACAGAUAAGAAAAGUAAACACAUAAAUAAAUCACAUAUCACACAUUUUCUUAAAAAAAUUCAUUAAAAAUUUUCUUUUCAAUCUAACUUUCAAAAUAAACCAACUUGAAUAAUUUAAUCAAUCAAUUGCUUUUACGAAAUAUUCACGCAUUUGUAAUCGAUAUUUUAAGAAAACAAAUAAAACUUUAUAAUUAUUGUGGAAAUGAAAAGCUUUUUGUAAAAUGUGUUUAAAAAAAACUUAUGCUACGUAUAAAAUAUUACAGAAAUAAAAACAGGCGUUUUCAGAAUAAAUAAAAUCCUCGCAAUUAUUGUACAUAUUGACCGAAAAUUAUGUGGCCUAUCAAUUAAAAACUAGAAAAUUAUUCUAAUUAAUUACGUAUCAUGGAUACGUGUAUUUGUAAAAAUGAUCCAGAAUCCGGCAUUAAAAUGUAGGGUGAUUUUGAGUUUUUUCCUCUUAAACCUUAAAUUAAAUCUCAACACCCGAUUCGUUCAAGAUUAUGUUCGAUGAUUUUUAGUACAUCCGAAAUUAUUUCGACUUGGCAGAUAUUGGUCGUAAGAUACGUCUAUAGAGUGUGGAAUUUUCUAUUUUUCCAGUCCACAGUUCCCUCAUCAGUGGAUUCAUAUCAAAUAUAUAUGGCAUUCGAUUGGAAUCACAUCAGAGUUUAGUAAUUUUUAGGAAAACAACGUGUAACGUUUUGCACAGUCUAGAGUGCUAUCUUAUUUAAACAACUCAUUUGCUUUCGCUCUUACUGAAGAAUACUGAAGAUUAAGCUUAUUGAAAACAGAAAACUGAAAUUGGACUACAUUUGACAUUUUCGUCUAUUAAUAGAAAGGGAAAGUAAAGUUGAUUGGUUUUUGCCUAAAGUCAACACAAAACCAACUUUUUCAGUAAUCAUUUUUUUUACAAUAACAUUAUCAAUUUAUUUCAAGAGACGAAGGUUUAUAUUUUUAAUGUUGGAUUCUAUAGAUCGAAAUAAUUGUUGUCUAAUUUAGAAAUUUCAAAAAAACUAAAAAUAUAUCUUUUAUAUUAAUUUAUUGUUUCGUUUUGCUUUGUACACUAUUUUUGUUUUUCAAAAUACUUCACAAGAUUAUUUAUUUUUGCGUAAAACGCAAAUAUUUUCUAAUGAACGCUCUUCAAUUUUGUUCUUAGUAAGUUUUAUUAAAAAAAAUGAAACGAAGAAUUUAUCUACUCAUUUAAUCUAAUCGAACAGUUCAAUAUCAAAUUGUGUCGAACAUAUUUUGGUAUAAUUUUUAAGUGAUACGUAAAAAACAAUCGUUAUAAGCGAUAACUCAUCACCACACAAAACCCCAGUGUUGUACAGAUCUAAAUUUAAAAAAAAUUUCUUUGUUAUUGUUAAUUUUUUAAAUAAUUAUGGACAAGAUAAUUUGUGCCUUUUUUUGUAUGUUUAUAAUUGAUAAAGAUAAUGACGUCAUUGAAAAUGGCUUAAUCGUAUUUCUUAAAGAAAAAUAAUAAAAUUGCUCAUAAUUGUUUAAAAUCUUGUUUAGUGGUGUUUAAUUAUCUUAAUUCAAAAUAUGUCACGGCACAGUGCCUAAUUUACUUAUGUUUUUAGAAAAAAAAUUUACUUUGUAGCAGAUUUUUGUGUCUUUGUUGAUUUUGGAUUUUGUGGAGCAAAAAUUCAUGAAAUUUUUAUAUAAAUAGAUUUUUUACGAUAUGAAAAUGGAAAUAAUCGCAUUAUUUGCUAAGACACAAACUUGUAAUAAAAGAAACUAAUUAUAUUUAAAUGAAAAAAACAAAAACAAACACUUGUACUAAAUUUGUACCCAAAAAACAUUACUAAAUAUAAUUUUAUUGUACUU